AUGGUUCUAUAACCAAAGCCAGCUGCUGUAGGCCCAUGCUUGGAUGUGUGCGUGCGUGUGAGUUAUAGGGGAGGGGGUAUGAGUGUGUGCACGCACGUGUGCGCGCGUGUAUGUGCAGUUUCCCUUUUCAAAGAGAGAGGGAGAGAGUGAGAGAGAGAGAGAGAGAGAGAGAGAGAGUUUUUCACCUUUUUUUAAGGCAUGAGCGCUGAGACCCGCAGCCCAUACAGCGACAUGACCUCCAUGGAUGCAUUUUAUAGUCCUUCUGCAGUACAAACUCGGGACCAGCAAACGGAGCACUUCAGGACGUUCCCAUCCCCUGACACCAAAUACAGCCCCGCCGCGUUCGCGCAAGUCCAUAAAGGUCACGCGUACGGAGACAAACCGCGGAGUCCGUUCCAGCAGGAGGGCCGCUCAUUGGACGCCGUCUCUGCAGCCGAUCGCGCUGCUUUCAGCAAAUUCCACCUCUUUACGUACAGGACCUCCUGUAAAACCCCUCCAGAGGAAGGUGAGCGGCAUCGGGAGGUCGGGAGCGGCGACGCAGCGGUUCUUCCCUGCUAUGGUAAAGACAGCUCAAAUCUGACGGAUUCUGACUUAACCCCACUCACCGAUCAUUCAACAAUGGACGCCAGCUACCUGGCUGUGAAGGAUCAGGGUGUCAACGCGACAUCCGACAGGGCGCCAGGUGCUGAUUUAGCCAACUCCCAUGACAAGGGUGAUAGCAGUGAGAGCAACAAGGGCAAGAAGAGGCGCAAUCGCACCACCUUCACCAGUUACCAGCUGGAGGAGUUGGAAAAGGUCUUUCAGAAGACGCACUAUCCAGAUGUUUACGCCCGUGAGCAGUUGGCACUACGGACAGACUUGACUGAAGCGCGCGUACAGGUAUGGUUCCAGAACCGGCGGGCCAAAUGGAGGAAGAGGGAACGUUUUGGUCAGAUGCAGCAGGUUCGAACACACUUCUCCACAGCUUACGAGUUGCCACUUCUGACACGUCCGGAGAGUUACGCACAGAUACAGAACCCAUCCUGGAUUAGCGGCAGCAACGCAGCAUCACCGGUGCCGGGCUGCGUGGUGCCCUGUGACACGGUGACCCCCUGCAUGACCCCUCACCCCCACUCGGCCAGCGGGGUGUCCGAGUUCCUGGGUGUUCCGAGCCCCGGAGGUCACAUGGGCCAGGCUCACAUGGGCAGCCUGUUUGGAGGAUCUCCCGGCAUGGCCACGGGGCUCAAUGCGUACGAUCUCAACAUGGACCCUGACCGCAAGUCCUCCAGCAUCGCCUCGCUGCGCAUGAAGGCCAAAGAGCACAGCGCGGCCAUAUCUUGGGCCUCAUGA